GAGGACGACUGCUACAAUGUCACACAAUUUUAAACGUACCCACCUACUGUGAUCUUACCGUCUCGCGAGAGAAAAGUAUUAAGCCACGGAACCAACAUGGCGGAAGAGGAGGUGGCCAAGCUGCAGAAGCACCUGGCCCUGCUCAGGCAGGAGUACGUCAAGAUGCAGCAGAAGCUAGCGGACACGGAGAGGCGCUGCGCCGUGCUGGCCGCUCAGGCCCCCGGCCACGGCUCCGCCAACUGUGCGGCCGGGGACACGUUCAUCAGCCGCCUGCUCGACAUCGUGGCCGAGCUGUACCAGCAGGAGCAGUACAGUGAUCUGAAGAUCAGAGUUGGGGAGCUGAAUCUCUGUGCUCAUAAGUUUGUGCUGGCUGCUCGCAGUGAUGCCUGGAGCCUGGCCAACAUGGCUUCCACCUCAGAACUGGAUCUGUCUGAUGCCAAGCCCGAGGUCGCCUUGGCGAUGCUGCGCUGGGCGUACACCGACGAGCUGGCACUCAGCGAGGACGACGCCUUCCUGAUCGACCUGAUGAAACUGUCCAACCGCUUCCAGCUGCAGCUGCUUCGAGAGAGGUGUGAGAAAGGGGUGAUGUCGUCGGUGAACGUGAGGAACUGUAUCCGCUUCUACCAGACGGCUGAGGAGCUCGACGCCACCACCCUGAUGAACUACUGUGGAGAGAUCAUCGCCAGCCACUGGGAUGACCUGAGGAAAGAAGACUUCAGCACCAUGAGUGCUCAGCUCCUCUACAAGAUGAUCAAGUCCAAAACAGAGUUCCCUCUUCACAAAGCCAUUAAAGUUGAGCGGGAAGAUGUGGUCUUUCUCUACCUCAUUGAGAUGGACUCGGAGCUGCCUGGAAAGCUGAAUGACUUGGACACCAAUGGAGACCUGGCCCUGGACCUAGCCCUGUCUCGGAAACUCGAGAGCAUUGCCACCACGCUGGUCAACAACAAAGCAGAUGUGGACAUGGUGGACCAAAGUGGCUGGAGCCUGCUGCACAAAGCCAUCCAAAGAGGCGAUGAGUUUGCCUCCACCUUCCUGAUCCGCCACUCGGCCCAGGUGAACGCCGCCACGGUGGGGGCGGUGGAGACGCCCCUGCACCUGGUCUGCUCCUUCAGCCCCAAGAAGCACUCUGGGGAGGUCAUGAGCGGCAUGGCCCGCAUUGCAGAGGCCCUGCUGAAAACGGGAGCCAACCCCAACAUGCAGAACAGCAAGGGCAGAACUCCCUUGCAUGAUGCCGUGGUGUCGGGCAAUGACCCUGUGUUCAACCAGCUCCUACAGUGCAAACAGCUGGACCUGGAGCUGAAGGACCACGAGGGCAGCACGGCUCUGUGGCUGGCCCUGCAGUACAUCACCGUGGCCUCCGACCCCUCCGUCAACCCCUUCGAGGACCACGCCCCCGUGGAGAACGGCACGUCGUUCGACGAGAACAGCUUCGCCUCGCGGCUCAUCCAGCGGGGCAGCAACCCGGACGCCCCAGACACUGCCACAGGGAACUGUCUCCUGCAGAGAGCAGCAGGAGCGGGCUGCGAGGCCGCCGCUCUCUUCCUGGCGACGCACGGGGCAAAGGUCAACCACAACAACAAAUGGGGGGAGACCCCCCUCCACACUGCCUGUCGCUGCGGGCUGGCAGGCCUGACGGCGGAGCUGCUCCAGCAGGGGGCCAACCCCAACCUGCAGACCCACAAGUCCCUCCCCGAGGGCGAGCUGCAGGGCCGGGCCCAGGGGCUGUCCCUGCAGAGCCCCCUCCACAUGGCCAUCGCCCACAACCACGCCGACGUGGUGUCAGUCAUCCUGGAGCAGAAAGCCAAUGCGCUUCACGCCACCAACAACCUCCAGAUCAUCCCUGACUUCAGCCUUAAAGACUCCAUGGACCAGACCGUGCUGGGCCUGGCCCUCUGGACCGGGAUGCACACCAUCGCAGCCCAGCUGCUUGGCUCCGGGGCGGCCAUCAACGAUACCAUGUCCUCCGGCCAGACCCUGCUGCACAUGGCCAUCCAGAGACAGGACAGCAGGAGCGCCCUCUUCCUGCUGGAGCACCAGGCCGACAUCAACGUCAGGACCCAGGAGGGCCAGACGGCGCUGCAGCUGGCCAUCAGCAGCCAGCUCCCCCUGGUGGUGGACGCCAUAUGCACUCGGGGGGCAGACAUGUCUGUGGUGGACGAGAAGGGCAACCCCCCUCUAUGGCUAGCUCUGGAGAAGGGCCUGGAGGACAUCGCCUCCACGCUGGUGCGCCACGGCUGCGACGCCACCUGUUGGAGCUCCGGUCCGUCGGGCUGCAAGCAGACGCUCCUCCACAGGGCCGUGGACGAGAACAACGAGGUCAUGGCCUGCUUCCUCAUCCGCAGCGGCUGUGACGUGAACAGCCCCCGGCAGCCCGGUCCGGACGGGGAGGGGGACGAGGAGGCCCGCGACGGCCAGAGCCCCCUCCACCUGGCAGCCAGCUGGGGCCUGGAGGACGUGGGCCAGUGCCUCUUGGAGUUCGGGGCCAACGUCAACGCACAGGAUGCGGAGGGACGGGCCCCCAUCCACGUUGCCAUCAGCAACCAGCACGGCGUCAUCAUCCAGCUGCUCAUCUCCCACCCGGACAUCCGUCUGAACGUGCGGGACCGCCAGGGCAUGACCCCCUUCGCCUGCGCCAUGACGCACAAGAACAACAAGGCCGCAGAGGCCAUCCUGAAGAGAGAGCCAGGCGCCGCCGAACAGGGGGACAAUAAAGGGCGUAACUUCCUCCACGUGGCGGUCCAGAACUCGGACAUCGAGAGCGUCCUGUUCCUGAUCAGCGUCCAGGCCAACGUCAACUCCAGGGUCCAGGACGCUGCCAAGCUCACCCCCCUCCACCUGGCCGUCCAGGCCGGAUCGGAGAUCAUCGUCCGCAACCUGUUGCUGGCGGGGGCCAAGGUGAACGAGGUGACCAAACACAGGCAGACGGCCCUGCACCUCGCCGCCCAGCAGGACCUGGCCACCAUCUGCUCCGUGCUGCUGGAGAACGGCGUGGACUUUGCUGCUCUGGAUGAGAACGGCAACAACGCCCUGCACCUGGCCGUCAUGCAGGGCCGCCUUAACAACGUCCGAGCGCUCCUCACGGAGUCCAACAUCGACGCGGAGGCCUUCAAUCUCAGGGGUCAGUCGCCGAUGCACGUCCUGGGGCAUUAUGGGAAAGAGAACGCAGCCGCCAUCUUUGAGCUGUUCUUGGAGUGUAUGCCACAGUACCCUUUGGACAAACCAGACAAUGAGGGAAACACAGUUCUUCUGCUGGCCUACAUGAAAGGAAACGCCAACCUGUGCCGUGCCAUCGUGAGGUCCGGGGCUCGGCUGGGCGGCACCAACAACCAGGGCGUCAACAUCUUCAACUACCAAGUAGCCACCAAACAGCUGCUCUUCCGCCUUCUAGAUAUGUUAUCCAAAGAGCCUCCGUGGUGCGAUGGGUCCAACUGUUAUGAAUGUGUUGCCAAGUUUGGAGUCACCACCAGGAAACAUCACUGCCGCCACUGUGGCCGCUUGCUGUGUCACAAGUGCUCCAUAAAGGAGAUUCCCAUCAUAAAGUUUGACCUGAACAAGCCUGUGAGGGUCUGUGACAUCUGCUUUGACGUGUUGACUUUGGGCGGGGUGUCCUAACGAGCACCUCUCACCCCCCCCACCCCCUGUCUCCCUGGACUGGGGGAGGUAGCCGCCGGACAAGCAUACAGGAAACAGCCCCUGGACAAAGUUACUGACCACAACUUCUGUGCUAAUUCCAGUUUAUCAACAAACAAAAAAGUCAAUGUUCCAGCGGGACUUUUACAGUAGAGUUGAAGCAUUUAUACGUGUCCUCGAUCCAAGUAAUCAUGUGUUGUUGGUAAUGAAGAUUGUGUUUGAUCCUCUGGGCUGGGCUUUGAUGAGGGAGACGGUAUUAUUUCACCCUGUUAUACUUUGGUAGGCGUCUCCAGGAAUCGGCUGAUGAACAGGUAAUGAUUUCAUGUUGAAGGGGAGCCAGGCCCUGGUCAGAACAAAUAUGAUUUCUCCAUUAGAAACUCACUGACUGUCAUCCCUUUCCUCAAAUUAACCCUUUACUGCACAGUUCUGAUGAAUCAUAGAAAGAGAAAGAUGUACUUUCCUCUAAGGUUGGGUGACUGUCAUUUCUAGAGUACUUCUGAAUCACUCAUACUAGGCACUGCCUCAUUCCUCACUGUUGACUGGAUGGCUGAUUCAAACAGGGUGGGCUGGGUCUGAAAGAUUUGAAGGGACAGGUUGAGUUACUAAGGGUUUUUCAUGCUACAGAUUAUUGAAUUCCAGUUGAUUCUGUGACUCUAAUUUUCAUGAAACACUAAACUAAAUGCUCCCAUGUAUUCACCCUGUGAGAAGGAAGUGAGAUUGCUGCACUUAGUGAAUCUUCCUCCUGCUAAAAAAAUGUGAUUUAGCGAUGUGUACCUGAUUGAACAUGAGCAAAGCUGAGAUAUAUCAUCCAAAAGCUUUUGCCCAG